GUACGUCGGACGCCGAAAGAAGGAGGACGAGGAGAGAAAGGACGCUCGCGAUGGUUUCUGUUUGGUUGACUCGCGGACUACGGGGGGGCUGCAGCAAAAGGUUUAUUUCAACUGCACCUACUCCUCAACUUUCAACAGCAGAAAUUGCUCAAAGGCGCAAUGAUCUGUUUAUAAAAGAGAAGGAAAGACAACUGUCUCUUAAUCCAAGGAUUGAGAAGAUUGAAGUAAAAUAUGUGGGUAAAUCGCACCCUGACACCUUAUUUAUAAUGAACAAAGGGCUUUCCACUCCAUACAGUUGUGCUAUGCAUUUAAGUGAAUGGUACACUAAGAGAUCUGUGCUUGCCCUUGUAGAUGGGCAGCUCUGGGAUAUGUACAGACCUUUGACUCAUUCUUGUGAAAUUCAGUUUCUUACUUUCAAAGAUGAAGAUGCAGAAGAAGUGAACAAAGCUUAUUGGCGCUCUUGUGCUAUGAUUUUGGGCUGUGUAUUAGAGCAAGCAUUUAAAGAUGACUAUUCAGUUACUCUUGUUAAAGCUCCAGAAGUGCCAGUGACAUCUGGAGCUUUUUGCUAUGAUGUAAUCUUGGAUAGCAAGCUUGAUGCAUGGAAGCCAACUGAGGAAAAUCUCCGUUCUCUUACAAGAGAUGCAUGCAGACUAAUUCAGAAAGAUUUGCCGUUUGAAAUGCUGGAUGUUGAUGCAAAAGUGGCACUUGAAAUAUUUGAGUAUAACAAGUACAAACAGGAUAUGGUUGAACAGAGAGCUUCCCAAAAUUCCAAAGGAAUAGUAACAGUGCACAGAUUUGGUGAUUUUGUAGACAUUAGUGAAGGGCCUCAUAUUUCCAGAACUAGCUUGUGUGAUCAGUAUGAAAUAACAGCGGCUCAUAAUCUUCAAGGCAGCCAGUCUGCAUUUAGAAGAAGAUUCCAAGGUCUCUCUAUUCCAUGUCAUUUAAAGCUUUAUCACACUAUAUGGCACAGGUUGCAGAAAAGAUCACAGAAACUAAUCAGUGAAAACAGACUGAAAGAAGCAAACGACGGAAAUGAAAUUACAAAUAUUGAACCAGUCUGACCCUUUCUAAUCUGUAUGUGUGGAAAUACUAUGAAUUAAAUUGAGAUUGUUUUAAAGUACA